GUCUUGCCGUCUUUGGUGUGGCGCGCUGUACUGUUUUGUAUAAUUGUAUUGCAAUAUUGCUACCUUGUUUUAAAGAAAUCUAUAAAAGUAAAACGGCUAAAAUUUUGCCAAUAAUCCCGAGAAGGCCAUGAGCUCCAAGUGUGCUGGUUGCACGAAAACGGUCUACCCCGUUGAACAGUUAAAAUGCCUAGAUCAGAUCUGGCAUAAGAAGUGCUUCAAAUGUGCUGUCUGUGGUAUGACGCUCACAAUGAAAAACUAUAAAGGAUACGAGAAAAGGCCGUAUUGUAGUCCGCAUUAUCCAACCACUAAGUUCACUGUUGUAUCCGAUACACCGGAAAAUUUGCGUCUUGCAAAACAAUCCAAACAGCAAAGUCAGGUUGAAUAUCAUAAAAAGUUUGCCGAGGAGAAGGGCCAUUACACCGCCGUUGCAGACGAUCCAGAAACGGAGCGGGCCAAAAGAGUUGCAAAACAAGCUAGUCAACUUCAGUACACUGCUGAUGCCAGACAGCCAGCUGAAAACCGACCUGCCCCAGCCCCAGCCCACGUUGAGCCACCACCUGAACCUAUGGCCCCGGUUUCAGUGAACAUUCCAGCUCCUGCCGAUCCUGGUCGAUCACCACCUCCAGUACAAGAACGUUACAGGGCAGUGUAUGACUACGAUAAAGCAGAUUCAGAUGAGAUUUCUCUAAAAGAAGGUGACAUGAUCAGCGAUGGGAAGAUCGUUGGUGAAGGCUGGAUGGAGGGUACCAACAUGCGUACAGGCGAGACUGGAAUGCUGCCCUCAAAUUACGUCGAGAAAGUUUAAACAUAGGCAUAGGAUCAAGUACCAUUAUUAUAGAGAAAAAUUGUAUGAAAUUUAUUUUUGAAACAUAGUGUGAUAGAAAAAUCAAAUUAUAUGUUAUAUUUACGAGAGAAACGUCUUAGACUAAGAGAAUUCUGUUUGACGCUUAAAGUCAAAAGUUCUUUAUAUACAUCGUAUAGACUAUAUAGUCUAUAGUGAUGACAAAACUUAUAAGUGAAUAUUUCUUUUCAAAUACUUGGAAAGCAGAAUAGUCACAUAGUAAACAAGAGCUUGACCGUCACAUUGUUUGAGUUUCAAACAUGUAUGUAUUACUAGCUACUAUACAUUGCCAUUUGCGUAAGUGUACGCGUAGACUUGGGCACCAUUGCCAGGACACAUGUUAUAACUGUUAUAAAAAACUUAUUGCGUUCGACGAAGGAGAACGCUUCCUAGCCGUGUCAUAUGGAGAUUUGCGAUGUCAGAUUUGCCUCGUUCUGAUGUGUCGUCAUAGUAACUUGAGACCAUGUGCUCGCUCUAUUUUGAGUUAAUUAAAGCAUACGAGCCAUCA